UACAUGAAACUUGAGAUCUGAACCUGCUAUGACUGACCCAGACGUCCUCACUGAGGUCCCAGCAGCUCUCAAACGCCUUGCCAAAUAUGUGGUGCGUGGCUUUUAUGGCAUUGAACAUGCUUUGGCUCUGGACAUUCUCAUCAGGAACCCCUGUGUGAAGGAAGAGGACAUGUUAGAGCUCCUGAAGUUUGAUAGGAAGCAGUUGCGAGCUGUCCUCAACACCCUCAAGGGUGACAAGUUCAUCAAAUGCAGGAUGAGGGUAGAGACGGCUCCAGAUGGCAAAACCACCCGUCAUAACUACUACUUCAUUAACUACCGCCUGCUGGUCAACGUGGUGAAGUACAAGCUGGACCACAUGCGGAGGAGGAUUGAGACCGACGAGCGAGACUCCACCAACCGCGCCUCUUUCAAGUGCCCCAUUUGCUUCAGCACCUUCACAGACUUGGAGGCCAACCAGCUGUUCGACCCCAGGACAG